AUGUCAUCCUCUUUUGACCCGACCAAGCUCGCCACAUCUACCAUCUCGCAAUUUGAUGGCACCAACUAUAAAAAGUGGUCCGACGUGAUCCGAGCCUUCCUGCGCUACCAGGGCGUCUGGUACUUGAUCCAGGGAUACGGCUCCACAGCGACCGUUCCUGUCCCUGGUCUGGCUAGACCAAUAGCUGCGACAGACACACCCACGGCUACGGAAAUUGCAGCUCAAGCUGCAUGGGAUGAGAAAAACGACAAGGCGCUGGGAAUCAUCCAGCUCUACGUCGCGCAAAACCUUCGUCAUCUCGUCGAUGACAAGUUCUUGGCCCUGGACGCAUGGACCGCGAUCAAGGCCGGCUACGAAAAACCCGGAGCGGUAGGCGCAUUUGUCAACGUGGCGGGAAUAGAGGUCAAACCUCAGCUCCUUGCUCUGCUCAUGAUCAAUGCUCUCCCCAAGUCGUACCAGACCAUCGCUGGUACAAUUCUCACUACGCAGACUGAUGUUACGCUGCUCACAGCGGCACUCAUCAAGCCCAAGAUUGUCGAGGAGGAACAGCGCCGCGUUGCGAACCGCACUCAGAUUGCGCGGGUCUCGAAGGCGCCUCUUCUUGACAACAAAUGUGAGAAGUGUGGUCGCAAGAAUCACACAACGGAGCAGCACUGGGACACAAAGCCGGUGAAUUCUGGCUCGAGUUCCGGUAACGGCAACAACACGCAGCAGCAGCAGCAGGAUGGUGGAAAGCGCAAGAAGGAAAAAGGAAAGGGCAAAGCGAAGGACAAUACCGCAAUGACCACACAGACUGUAAAUACCAUACGAAUAGUCGAUAGUAGCUAA